AUGGCCUCGGAUUUUGACGAGACCAACGAAGCCUUCUUCGACAAGCUAGUCAACCCCGACGACGACGACGAUGCCCCGGCCGCCGCUGCGCUAUCGCUGACCGACAAACCCGACGCGGCACCGCCUCGCGAGCCCGAGCGUGGCUCCUCGCUGGAGGUGGACCCGCUGCAUCCGGAGACCCAGGCCCGGGCCCCCGAGACGGUCCCCGACCCAGCUGCGACUGCGACCGCCGGGGCAGAUCCGUCUGGGGACCUCGUGCCGGAAGACGGAGAAGCCUUCUUCGGGGCUGCGGCUGUGCCCGGGGAUCAUCAGGGCCUGCAGGCGUCACCGUCGCCGUCACUUCCAGCAGGUGCCGGCGAUGUCAGCGCACCGGAUCGCACCGUCUCUGGCCAGACGGAGAGCAAUGCCAGUUCCCAGUUGGAUUCCACCACAGCUGCGGAGGGGUCUGGGGAUCAGAGCGCCAAUGCGCAGUUGGAAUCCACCGAUCCCAGGUAUCUAGAGAGCCUCUACCCUGGGUGGAAGUACGACGACGCCACGCAGCAGUGGUAUCAGGUAGAUACACUCAGCGCACAGAGCUAUUCUGCUCAGAAUACUGGUGCUGCUGUGGCAGGCCAUGGGAGUGAUGUUGAUCUUCAGCAGCAGCAGUUUGGUGCUUCGUACCUGCAAAACACUUCACAUGCAGAGACGACACUACUGACUUCUCAUCCUGAGGCUGAGGCUGAGGCUGACAACCAGCCUGCAGUGGCGCCACAGAAAGAGGAGGAGGCACAGCAUGAACCCGUGCUGACGCAUCCUGCGGCUCAGACAGAGGUGGGAUAUGGGGAGAGCAAUGCCACUUCCCAGUUCGAUUCCAGCACAACUGCUGAGGGAUACGGGGAUCAGAGCGCCGAUGCACAGUUGGAAUACACCGAUCCCAGAUAUCUAGAGAGCCUCCACCCUGGCUGGAAGUACGACGAGGCCACACAACAAUGGUAUCAGGUGGACACUCUGAACACACAUACUUAUGCUGCUCAUGAUACUAGUGGUGCUGCGGCAGAUCAUGCGAGUGGUAGUGUUCAGCAGCAACAACAGCUUACUGGUUUGUACCUAGAAAACACUUCACAUGCAGAGCCUGCGCUUGAACCUACAGAGCCGACUUCUAAGUCAAAACCUCAGCUUGAGCCUGCGGCUGCCCCUCCUGUGACUGAGGUUGAUAAUCAGCCUGCAGUGGCCCCACAGAAAGAGGAGCGGGCGGAGCAUGAACCCAUGCCGGUGCAUACGAAGCCUGAAGCUGAGGAGAUUCCUGCCGAUGCUGGUGACACUGCUGCAGCGAAAGAGGGUGGGUCCCCAGGGUCAGAGAAAGGCAUCCAUACCGCCAUCAAGCAGGUGCAGUGGAACGACUUUGGUGCCAGCACUGGUGGCGGUGGGGCGGAUCUGUUUGGGGACCUCCUGCCCGACGGAGCCGAGGACGACUUCUUCGGGGGCACUGUCCCUGGCAACCAAGGCGUCCAGUCAUCCUUGGUAGGUGCUAAAAAUGUUAGCGCACCAGAUCACAGCUUCUCUGCAGGAGUAGAUAACAGUGCCAUGAUUAGUGCUGGACACAGCUUCUCUGGUGGAGUCGAUAAAAAUGCCAACUCUCAUUUCGGUUCCAGUGGAAGUAGUGCAGGGUACGGGGAUCAGAGCACUAAUGCACAAUUGGACUCCACUGAUCCCAAAUACCUGGAGAGCCUCUACCCGGGGUGGAAGUACAAUGAGGCGACGCAGCAGUGGUAUCAGGUAGGUACCCACAGUGCACAGAGUUAUGUUGCUGAUAAUACUGGUGCUGCUGUAGCCCUUGGGAGUGACUAUGCCCAGCAACAUCAGCAGCAGUUUAGUGCAUCGUACUUGCAAAACAAUUUACAUGCAGCACUUGAGACCAUUGCGGAGGAGAGCAGCACCAAUGCCACGAGCUGGGCCCAGGGUGGGACCAACACAGGAUCCACAGAAUACCCACCGAACUUGCUGUUCUAUGCAGAAUACCCAGGAUGGUACUUUGACACCAACACUCAACAAUGGCAAACACUUGAGUCAUACCAGCAAAGUGUUGCACAGGUUGCAACUACUGCAGCAGCCUCAGAUGUGUUAGCAGGGGCAGGCCAUAGUGUAGCUAAUUACACCGAGGAUUCUUAUGCAAGUAGCUAUAACCAGCAGAGCCAGUGGCAACCAAAUUUGUUGGGUAACACCAUGCAGCCUGAUGUUUCGGGGGGCAGGAGCUUGUUAGGUAGUUCCUAUAGUUCCAAUCAGCAGGCUGGGAAUCAGAUUGGGCAGCAAGCCAAUGCUGAGUCUUUGCAAUCGUCUAUAAAUUACGAGCCUAAUCAUAUAGAGACAUUUAUGCCUUCUACAGGUCAAUACACUGGUAGUGAGGGAAAUCAGGCUAGCUAUAAGGGGUUCAAACCUUUUACAGGGAACCAGAGUUGGUACAGGGGUUUGGAGCAUUCUACAAGUAAGGAAUUAAGGUACAAAGGGUUUGAACCUUCAACCGGUUUCCAGAAUAGUCGCAAGGAAUUCCAGCCUCCUAAAGAUCACCAGGCUGGCCACAUGGCAGAUGAACCUUUGACAAGAGAUGGUUAUGUUAGUUCAAAUGGGGUUGCCAAUACACAAAAUUUUGUACCAAAAGAAAGCAUAUACAAGACACAAAUGCAUGAUGAUUCCACUGCACAUACUCAUGCGGCAAGCAACUAUUGGGGUAAUCAGACCUCAAUGGGCAUUGCUCAGCAGCAACUGAUUGGUACAAAUGGUCCAUCCCAACAGUUUGGUUUCUCACCACACGAGCAGAGAUCAUCAGCUGGACGCCCACCACACACUGUGGGCAAUUCUGGUCGAACGGUAUCAGUUCUUAAUAUUCCAGAGGUGGUUGCUGAUAAAAUUGACCACUCAAGCAUCACUAACAGCGGUGCAUUUAGCUACUUCCAUGCUUUGUGUCGCCAUCCUAUUCCUGGCCCUCUUGUUGGUGGAAGUGCUGCAUCAAAGGAUGUGAAUAAAUGGCUUGAUGAUAUGACUGGAGUAUAUGAAUCCUCUCAGACGGAAUUCCAGGGAGGGGAUGUUCAGAAGGUGCUUAUUUCGUUGUUGAAAAUAUUGUGUCAACACUAUGGAAAGCUUCGUUCACCCUUUGGGUCUGACCCAUCACAAGAGGGUAUAGAUGGCCCAGAGAUGGCAGUGACGAAACUUUUUUCAUCUUGCAAGAGCAGUGCUAAUAUGAAAGGGUAUGGAACUGUUGUCCAUUGCAUGAGAAAUCUUCCCUCAGAAAGCCAGAUUCAGACUACUGCGCAGGAGGUUCAAAAUCUCCUGGUUUCUGGUAGAAGGAAACAGGCCCUUCAGCAUGCACAGGAAGGUCAGCUUUGGGGCCCUGCACUGAUCCUUGCUUUACAACUUGGUGAUAAGUUUUAUGCGGAUACUGUGAAGAAAAUGGCUCACUACCAUUUUGUUUCCGGAUCACCCUUGAGGACAUUGUGCCUUCUUAUUGCUGGACAACCUGCAGACGUUUUCAAUUUUGAGAAUCCUGUUAACAGUGGUUCUUUGUAUUCUCCCCACCAGCCUGUAGAGGCUGCUCCUAAGGGUAUGCUGGAUGACUGGCAAGAGAAUUUGGCUGUUAUAACAGCAAACAGGACAAAAGGUGAUGACCUUGUAAUUACCCACCUUGGGGAUUGCCUUUGGAAAGAGAAGAAUGAGGUUGCAUCUGCUCACUCAUGCUAUUUAGUUGCUGAACUAAAUAUUGAUUCGUACUCUGAAAGUGCAAGGAUGUGCCUUAUUGGUGCAGAUCACUUGAGAUGUCCGCGCACAUUUACCAGUCCUGAAGCAAUCCAGAGAACAGAGGUUUAUGAGUAUGCAAAGGUUCUUGGCAAUUCUCAGUAUAUUCUCUUGCCAUUUCAACCAUACAAGCUGAUAUAUGCAUAUAUGCUUGCGGAGGUUGGGAAGAUUUCUGAUUCACUAAAGUAUUGUCAAGCAUCUCUGAAGGUGCUAAAGUCCUCUGGUCGUGCACCUGAACUAGAAGCAUGGAAGCAAUUGUUUAUGACCCUGGAGGACCGGAUACGUGCCCAUCAACAGGGUGGAUAUGCAACAAAUCUUGCCCCUGGAAAGAUUGUUGGAAAGCUUUUCACAUCACUUGAUAAAUCUUUGUCCCGCAUGAUGGGUACACAAGCUGCACCGUUGCCUCAACUGCCGCAGGGUGCUGCAAAUGAGAGAGAGGUUUAUUCUCCUGAUACAAAAGUUGUAAAUAGUCAGUCAGUGAUGUCCAUGGCACCUUUAGUGUCUUCUGCUUCAGAGCAGUCUAUGAGUGAAAUUGGAGGAAAUAGUGGCUAUGGCAGGGAAGUUGCGCAUAACAGAAGUAUUUCUGAGCCAGACUUUGGCAAAACCCCCCAACAGCAGGGUGCUGUAUCAAGUAAGGCACAAAGCACAUCAGGUUCAGGCAGUUCACGCUUUGGAUGGUUGGUGCAGAAGACAAUGGGGCUUGUUUCGAAAUCUCACCGCCAGGCAAAGCUAGGGGAACAGAACAAGUUCUACUAUGAUGAGAAGCUGAAGCGGUGGGUGGAAGAAGGCGCUGAGAUCCCAGCUGAGGAGCCCCCACUACCCCCACCUCCGUCAAAAGUGCCAUUCCAGAGCAGUGUUCCAGACGCCAACUCGAAUGCUCCUCCCACUGGUGGAGGUUAUUCCUCAAAUCCUCCGGAGCCUAGUUCCGGGAUGCCACCGAUGCUACCAACCCAGAACCAGUUUUCAGCACGUGGAAGGAUGGGUGUUAGAUCAAGAUAUGUGGAUACUUUUAACAAGGGUGGUGGUGGUGGCGGUGCAAAUGCCUUUGGAGCAGCGACAUCAUAUAGCAAACCAGCGGCUCCAUCUAUAAAUCCAAUGUCUGGUGCGAAGUUCUUUGUGCCAACUCCAGCUACUGUUGCUUCAGAACAGAUGGCUGAGCCAGGUGCCCACAGUGAAACCACCCGACGGGAUGAACCAUCGUCCUCACCAGCGAUGGAGACAGCAUUCAGUUCGGCGCCACCACAGAUGCAGUCAACCAUUCAGCGGUACCCAAGCAGUGACAACAUUCAGCGGUACCCAAGCGGUGACAACAUUCCGCGGCACCCAAGCGGUGACAGCAUUCAGCGGUACCCAAGCGGUGACAACAUUCCACGGCACCCAAGCAGUGACAACAUUCAGCGGUACCCAAGUAUGGACAACAUUGUGUCCCCCUCGGGCAGCGUUAACAGCUCUAUGUCAAGGUCAAGAGCGUCGUCAUGGAGUGGAACAUUACCAGAGCAGUUGAGCAGCACUGCUGCUACCAGGUCACCUGAUGGACAGAUCAUGCAGUCACCAUCGAUGCCUGGAAAAAGACCUCUGCACAGCCGUUCCAGCAGCACUUCUUCCGCCCAGUUCAAUGGUUUGGGUGAGGAACUUCACGAGGUGGAGCUCUGA